CAGAGAAGGCAGUCAGAUAGGGGAAAGUGAGGCGUAGACCUGCCCAGUUCCGAAAACUCAGCCUCUUCUGGAUCGCAUUCAACAACAACCGAACAACCCAAAAGCUAUCCAAAAGUAAGACGUGAAGAGGAAGGAAGAUUUUUUUGAGGGGGGGCGGCGACUUGAUUUUACGCGCAUUUCUGCCAAGAAUUCUCUUCCGUUUUUUUUGUUGCAAGCACUAUCAAGAAAAAAAGCCUGAAAAGCACAAAGUUGAACGUGAGAAAUGUGAAGGCACCAGCUUGUGUUUCACCCAGGUUCCAGGAUCCCCCUUUAAAUCCAUGCAAUACAGUGCAAUGGAUGAAUUUCAUCCCUUCAUCGAGGCACUUCUCCCUCACGUCCGUGCCAUCGCCUACACGUGGUUCAACCUCCAGGCGAGGAAACGCAAGUACUUCAAGAAGCAUGAGAAGCGGAUGUCCAAGGAUGAGGAGCGUGCGGUCAAGGACGAACUGCUCAGCGAGAAGCCCGAGAUCAAACAGAAGUGGGCCUCGAGGCUCCUCGCCAAGCUCCGCAAGGACAUCCGCCAGGAGUACCGCGAGGACUUUGUGCUCAGCGUGACAGGCAAGAAACACCCGUGCUGCGUCCUCUCCAACCCCGACCAGAAGGGCAAGAUCCGCCGGAUCGACUGUUUGCGGCAGGCCGACAAGGUGUGGCGCCUGGACCUGGUCAUGGUCAUCCUGUUCAAAGGCAUCCCGUUGGAAAGUACAGACGGCGAGCGCCUCGUCAAGUCACCGCAUUGCACCAACCCAGCACUUUGCGUCCAGCCGCAUCACAUUACAGUGUCGGUCAAGGAGCUCGACUUGUUUCUAGCAUACUAUGUCCAGGACCAAGACGCACAGCAGUCAGGAAGUCCCAGUAACAAUGAGCCAGGCAACAACCCUCCAGUUUACUUGGAAGACAGCUUCAUCAAAUCAGGAGUCUUCAGUGUUUCGGAGCUGGUGCGGGUGUCCAGAACGCCCAUCACCCAGGGGGCAGGGGUGAACUUCUCCAUGGCCGACAUGCCUAGUCAGCCGUACUACCAUGACCUGAACUCCAGUGUGGGCCUCCAUCGCUCCCUCUCCUCCCCGCCUGGCAGUAAACGGCCCAAGACCCUCAACAUAGAGGAGAGUAUGGAGACCAGUCCCACUGGCCCUGACUUUUAUUCCUCACCUAGCUCCCCAGCUAGUGGCAGCAGGACCUGGCACGAGAGAGAAGACCUGUCGUCUCCCACCAUGAAGAAGCCCGAGAAGCCUCUCUUCAGCCCCACCUCGCCGCAGGAUUCCUCACCCAGACUGAGCACUUUCCCCCAGCACCACCACCCCGGACUCACAGGCAUCGGACACAGUGUUAUAUCAACGAGGAGCCCCCCCCCAUUCCCCCUGCAGUUCUCUGCCUCUGCCAUCCUCCCCCCCGCCCCGUCACCCUACUUCUCCCACCCCACCAUCCGCUACCCGCCCCAUCUCAACCCCCCUGACUCCCUGAAGAGCUACGUGUCCAGCUACGACCCGUCCAGCCCACAGACCAGCCAGCCGAACAGCAGUAGCCAGGUGGGGAAGGUUCAGGGCCACUUCACCCCGGUCCUGGCCCCCUCUCCGCACCACGGCACAGUGCGACCUGUAUCCCUCUCCAUGCCCGACACCAAGCCCAUCACAUCAGAAGGCUACUCAGCCCCGGGCACCCCCACAGCCAAUCGUUUUGUAGGACUGAGCUCUAGAGAUCCAGCCUUCCUUCACCAACAACAGCUGAGGAUAUGUGACUGGACCAUGAAUCAAAACGGCAGGCAUUAUGGCCCCAGUGGCACUGAGGAUACUUUGGGGAUUGCUUGGCAAAGUCCUGGUACCUGGGCGAGCUUAGUUCCAUUCCAAGUCACGAACGGGACUCCGAUUCUGCCGACAAAUGUCCACCAGAACUACAGCAUAAACAUCAUUGGUGAACCCCCCCCCUCCUCCACACAGAGGCAGAGAACUGAAGACCGCUCAAGAAGUGUCGGCUACGGGGGAACUAACCAGCAAGCAGCACUUAAAACAAUGGUGCUUACUCCCUCUCCCCCCCCCCCCCUUCCCCCCUCCCACAGACCCCUCCUCCUUCGGGACAUUGGCCAUGAAGACUCGAGUAGGUUUGGAGCAAAACUGAUCCGGUCCACUCUAGCUAACCCUUCGCCAUGCCAGUCAGUCAUUGUGUGAAAAGAGCCUUUCUAUUCAAAAUACUGUGAUGUAUCCUGUACAAAAAAACUUAAGAUGCCUUAAUGUUUUGCAUGACAACUCUUAGUCUAAUAGUGGUGUUCUUCUUCAUUUUGAUGUUGGGAGUUUCUAACCUUGGUUACGAACAGGGGAAGUGGUGGUCUGAAACACACAAAGACUGGCUGGUAGUAGACAUACCCGACUGUAAGUUAUUCAACUUUGACCUUUACCCCUUCUAUAUCAAACUAUUCACUGUGUAACCAUAGGAACAAAUUGUGAAUUCAGAGUGUUUUUUCCCUUAGUUUUCAGUUUACUGUGAUAUAUAUUUUUUUUACUCAUUAUCCUGUUGAUUCUGUACUGCUAUUUACUUAAAAGUUAGUUAUACUCUUAAGAGUUCUCCUAACUCUUACUAUGGUAAAAAAAAGAAGACUAAACACUAUUUUUAGGUUAGAGAUUUGACCCCUUUUUUGAAAGAAUUCGUAUCUCCUCUAGAAAAAGUUUUUUUUUAAAGAUUAAAAAAAAAAAUCUUGAAAACUCGAAAGAGGCAAGUGCAAUUGAAUUUUUGAAGGGAAGCUAUCAGUCUGUCAGCCCUAAGACUCUAAAGGAAAGGGGAUAAAUAUACGUUUUUUGGUUUAAAUACGUAAACGUGAAAUGUUUAAAAAAACAUUUGAGUUGAUUUCAGUUGCAUUUCUUUGUGUCUCAAAAUGGAAAGACAAAAAUACUAAACGUGAAAUGCAGAGAUGUGUUUGAAGGUGCGCAUUAAGAUACCUAUGCAGAACUGAAUAUGAACAAGCCAGCACUUCUAUUGAGCCCUACUCAGUCUCAUGGGGAGCUUUUUAUUUAUUGUGGAAAAAAUAACAAACAGAGAGUUUAAAAAAUGAAACACACAUAGUGUAUAAAAUGCCAUUCGAAAUCAAUAACAUAUUCAUUUGGCCAUUAGCUUAUGAAGCUUGUGUUUACAGUAUGACUUGACGAAAAAUCAAAUGAAUGCAGGCUGUUAAAGUCAUUCACUAAAAUGUAUGUGUACGUCUCAAAAUCGACACUUUUUGUGCAACCUCGAACCUGCAAGGUUGCAGUGGGUUGCACCUUUUGCCACUUGAACACUAAAAAUCCCAGAUACAACGGUGGCAUUCCCUGAAAUCUAGAAUUGUGCAAGGCAGGUUUAUUGACUUGACCUCUCUCCAUGUCCAGAUAUGACAAAUCUCUCCAAUACUCUUCAUUUGCACGAUGACAUAUAGUCCACAUUACGUGCCUUGCCUUUGAAUAUAAAGAUAUCACUACACUUGUUUUUUUGCGGCAUUUAUUACCAUUAUAGAAAAUAAACUAAACAAUUUAUGAUAAUACUUUUUUUUGUACUCUGAAUGAAAAUUGUGACAUUGUUGAUUUUUUACUUUCAUUUACUACUUUCUCUCACAGUUACGGUGCAUAUCAAGUAUAGUUGCUGUUCUAAAGUCUAUAAUCACCAGCAUUAUUUUUCAGUGUUUUCGGUGGUUUUCGAAUAACCUUUCAUUUUUGUUUUAUUUUUUAUUUUUUAUUUUUUUUUCCAUCUUCCAGUUACUAUUGAGGAGAGAAAAUUAUGCAAUACCAUGUUUUGCCUAUGUAGGUAGUGCUUAUAGAUACGCCAAUUAUUAGAGGCUAGUUUGGAGAUAGACAAUAUUGUAAUGCAUUUAUUUUGUUGAUAUCGUUGCUGUUGUUUUCCUUUUUUAAUUGACCAAAGUAGGGACUGCUUUCUAUGCAGUGAAUGACAAGGUCUUAUUGUCGUGUAUUGACAGAUGGCGGGACAUGUAUCAAUUUGUUUUUAUUUCUUGGGGGAGGGAGGGGGCCAUUUUUCUAAGCUUACUGUUCGCCUGUAAAGAAUGCACCCGUUGGUCUCGUAUGGCUGCAAAGUCACUGAUCUGUCUACUGUGACAAACUUGACUCUUUGCAUUCAACUGCCCACCUGGGGCGCUAGCAUGUGACAUCGACUAAGCUCAUUUUCGCAGGAGAGACGGCUUGACUUGUGGGACCAUCAAAAAAAAAAACACAAAAAAAAUUCAGGAGAGGAACACGCUAACCUUAAUCAGAUCCACAAUUGCAAACUGAAAUCAUACUGCAAUGUAAAAAAAAUAAUAAUAAUAGCAGGAAACUAUAUAAGCAUUAACCCUUAAACAUAACAUGGUGUCAUUCUAUUAUCAGUCACUAUAUGCAAUUCCCAAGUAGAUGCCUUAAAAAUACAGUAUAUAUAAAGUGACCUGUUACACAUGCGGUACAAUCAACACACCGACAAAUCCACGUGAAACCGGUCAAAUCAGUCUAAAGAAAGUAUUAAUCAACAUAUAUCUGUAUAGACCCCGGGGAUAUCUCUACCCGCUAUCGCUAUAGGGAGCCUUGAUUUUAUCAUGUAAUAAGCUAUGGACUACAGAGGAAGGACCUCUUGCUAUUUUCAUUGUACUGUGUAGUACCCGGAGAAGAACAACAAUAGAGAACUUGCAUACAGUAGCACAUAGGUUAUCGUCUUCCCCAAGUGUGUUACGUCAAGUCUAUAACAAACAAAAAAAUAUAUUACAUAUGUGAACAAAAACAAAAUCUCAGGCGUUACAGGGCAAAUUCCAAUCACAACUCUCCCACCUUGUAAUACAAAAAAUGACUUUUAUAACUCAAAUAGACACUAUCCACAACGAUGUUACCUGUUGCACUCUAUCCCAGCAAUUGUGAACAUUCUUACCGGCUUAAUUCGAAGAAAGGUACUGUGCUGUAUACGCAACACUCUUUGAGGGGCCAGAAAGUGUAUAAAACCUCCUAAACUCAAGUCAAGCUUAUUCUCUCCUCCUUCACCAAGACAUUUAUUCUGAAUUUGGGAAUGAAAAAAAAAAAAAAAAAAACCACCCCAUUCUAUGUGCACUGUUCUGCUUUUUUUGUGUAAAAAAAAACACAAGUGCUUUGCAGCCUCUGGCCAUUGGAGACCCCACUGAAGGGCAUUUUCCCUUAGUCACGUGUGAUAGAAACGUGUCAGACUUGAUGUUGAUAUUUUGGGUAGAAGAUUGGGUGUAUAUAAAGGUGAAUGCCGUGGUGGCGUCGAUAGCAGUAGUUCUUUGGGGUUCAAAUCUGCUUUUGGCAGCUUGCGAGUAAUAUGUGUGUGUGUGUGUGUGUGUGUGGGUGUGUGUGUGUGUGUGUGUGUGUGUGUGUGUGUGUGUGUGUGUGUGUGUGUGUGUGUGUGUGUGUGUGUGUGUGUGUGUGUGUGUGUGUGUGCGUGUGCGUGUGUGCGUGUGUGCGUGUGUGUGUGUGUGUGUGUGUGUGUGCGUGCGUGCAUGCUUGUAAGAGAGAAUGCACGAGGGAUAGAGAGGGUGACACGACACAUCAAGCGAAGAUGAGGGUCUUUCUAUAGAGAUACCUGCCUUAUAGACAGGAGUUUGUACACUGUAAUCUUUUUCACACUUUUUAUUUGACACCCUUGUUUGUGAUUGUUUUCAAACAUCUUGGGUAUUAUAUAAGUCAAUUCCAUUUUAGGAGGAGGAAAAAACAAGGCUGGGCUUGAUUUACUUUCCAGCUCUCCCCAAAUAAUCCAAAAUUAAAGGAUUUUAUAACUUUUUAAUAUUCCUGUAUUAAGGUAAAGUAUCCUAUACAGAACCAUAAAAUAAAAAUAAACUUUCCAUUUUGGAAACAUUUCAGUAAUAUUUGAAA